AUGGCGUAUCGAUCCCAAGGAAGUUCUUUGAUUAUAAUUGAUAGUGAUGAAAUAGCACCAUCACCAUCUGUUGAAUCAAUAGAGUUUGUAGAGUCUGUAGAAGAGUUAGAAGAGUCUGUUCAAGGACCUAACAUCACGAUUUUAAAUACAGUUCCUCAAGAAGAAACGUCUUUGAAGAAUAACAUUUCAAGAUUUGGUGUACAAUCAACUAUUGUAACAAAAAUCAAUCCAGAGCAAAUAAUAAAAAGUAAUGAUUCUAUAGAAAAUGUAUUUAUCAGAUUGAAUCGCCAUGAUUUUGCGUAUAUAGCUUCUGUCAUAAACGCAGCUUUUCCUUCUGAGGCAAAAGAAGAAUAUUACAGCCCUGCGAUUAAUGGCCAAAAGGCAUCCGGAAAGUUAUAUGACACCUUUGCAAACUAUAGAAAUUUGCUAUCAAGCACCGGGCUUAUUAAUAGGAGAUCGAAAAAAUCAUCAAGGGAUUUAGACUCAACAAUAGUUAAUGUUUGCGACGACAACUGCGAAGCUUUUAAAUUUAUCCAAGAGUAUAACGAACCAUUCGAUGAAGUUCUUGAAAAUUGGAAAAGAAGUUUUGCAGUAAGAUGGAACAUUUUGGAGGACAAUAAAGUUGAAACGGCUGAUUACCUCGCUAAAUUUCCAAUUUUUAUACUCAACAACAGUAAUAUUUUCAAAUUAUUUUUAGAAGACUCAAAAAUGUUGCACCCGGACAUUGCCUUAAAUAUAGAUUGGCAAAUCUGUAAUAAGGUUUUAGAAAAUGGAAGCCAUUUGAAGGAUCCUACCGUUAAAAAGUGGAUUACUGCAAGCCUAAACUGUUCCGAAGAAAAUAGAAAAGCUAUUGGGCUUCUAGUACUACCGUACUUAUUUCCUUCAACAAAAAUAAAGGCCAGGCAAGGAAAACAAAGUUUUAAGGCGUCAAAACUUGAAAUUCAAGAAAAAUUUAUUCUAUAUUUCGAAGGUACGCAUGUGUAUUGUAUAGUGUAUGAUUCAAUGCGCACCCCCAUCCUGCCCACCAUAGCCACUCACCAUCAUUCCUCAUCCUCGACAUCAUCAACAUCAUGCUAG